AUGAUCAGGGCUUUACUCUAUGCCUAUGUUCUUGGAGGAGUUACCUUCAUUCCUCUCGUCAUAGCCGCUCUCGUUUUUGUGACUGUCUACACCUCUGUUCCCGUUGGCGAUGUUGACAUGGCCAAGAAGACUAAAAAGAAUUUAGAAGCUGGGCAGGCCUUACCAGAGAGAGCUACCGAAGAAGAAUCGCCAUUGGAUACGAAUGACACACCACGGACUCGAAAGGGCUGGCUAAUUAUGCGCCGGACAUUCGAGGAGUCAGCAAAUGAUACUACUUAUGUUACACUCGUUCGCUCAUUUUUGGAUGCCCGGUCGAAGGAUCCAAAAAGAUCGCGUCCAAAGGACAUGUGGUAUGUUGUGCUGAAAGGCAAAGUCCUCUAUUUAUACGAAGACGAGGGAAUGUCGGAGUGCGAGGCGGCUGUUGAGCUCGGUGGCCAUGAAAUUAUAAUUUUUCCUGAAGGUCUACUCGACGGGGAGCUUUUUGCCAAACGCAACGCCAUCUGUUUGAGGCCUAAAGCUACCGAUACAGGAAAACAUCUAGCGAGUGUUACGAGGGAGAUGAAGUUGAAGAAAGAGGACAUAGAUGGAAAGCUAGAUGAGUGCGACCUCACUGGAAGCAAGCGGGAAAAAGAACGGGAGAAGCUGGUUGAGGCCGAAAAGAAGAAGGAUAUUGCAAGGGAGGAGGCGUUGGACCCACAAACUCCUUGGUUCAUAUUCGUUCGCUCGAACGUCGAAAUGGAGGACUGGUAUUUUGCACUUCUACAUGCUUCGGAGCAUCCCCCUCAAACUCCAACUCUUGCUCCACUACACGAAAUCUUCGACCCAUCCGACAUGGAUCAUCUUGUCUCUACCCUUGAUGAACAACCAGAUGUGAUCCCAAUGCGUUGGUUCAAUGCCUUGCUGGGUCGUAUAUUUUUCAGCCACUACCGCACACACAACUUAGAAGCAUACAUUAUUGGCAGGCUAAUGAAGAAGCUGUCGAAGGUUAAACGUCCGACAUUCCUAACCGAUAUAGUUGUGACGGAGGUCUCUGUCGGAAACAGAGCACCGACGUUUAGCAAACCCAUGCUCAAGGAAUUGACGAAAGAGGGAGAUGCAUCUUUUGAGGUCCAUCUUCAGUACAGAGGUGAAAUCCGGAUUACCGUGGAGGCCACGGCAACCAUCAAUUUAGGGACCUUCAGGUCAUAUACCGUCAAGUUGGUUUUGGCUGCCGUUCUCAAAGAAAUUGAAGGCAAUUUGUUGAUCAAAGUGAAACGGCCACCCAGCAACCGCAUUUGGUACGCUUUCACUCAGACACCGAAGAUUGUUCUCGAGGUAGAGCCAAUCGUGAGCGACCGUCAAAUAACUUGGGGAAUGAUUUUAAGCACGAUUGAAUCUAAAAUCAAAGAGAUUAUACAGGAAUCUGUUGUCAUGCCCAACAUGGAUGACAUUGCAUUCUUUGAAAGUAUAGCCUACGAACAUCGGGGUGGAAUCUGGUCAGAUGCAUCAAGACGCCAACGUUCAGAUCCACAGACUUCUGACUUUACUGAACGCUCGGGAGACACUCCGUUGGUGUCGACAGCCUCUGCCCCGGAUUUGAUUGAUUCGAAGACUUCAAUUUCAGGGACCCCCCUCCCUGAUAUGUCACAGUCAUGGUUCUCAACGAACAGCGGUGGGACGGAGCCUACCCUGGCGUCGGGAUCUAACCCAGAUUCUAGCAAUAUUGGAGAGAUCGAAGAGAACCGUGGCCGUGAAGGUCAAGACGAUCGUAUUGAUGUUCCCCAGUCAAAGGAAUCAACAUCUCGAUCCUCUUCCCAAAGUCGAUCUGUGACCUCGCUCUUACCUGAUGAAAUUCAAGCUUCGUUAGUGCAAGCCCACCUCUCCACGCAUUCGGCACGUCGAUCAACCUCGCAGCACUCUACCAAACGGGAAUUGGAACCAGAUGCAGAUUCGACAUUGACCACUCGCUCCGAGUCUACUCCCAGUACGCCACGAAGACGGUCAGAUGCAUCGACGACUACCCGGCCAGCGAGCCCUCCAUCGUUUUUCUCGACGCUAAAAUCCCGAGCAGCAGAUAAACAGGCCCUUCAAAAUACCGCAAAAGAGGCUAUGAGAAAGUGGGGCGUUAAUUGGGGUGGUCUGAAGAAGGACACGAACAAUGCUGGAUCAAGCGGUGAUGAGCCUGUUGAUACUGGGGCAACUUCGCCGCAUCUGCAGCCAGAGCGAAGCCCCAAUCAGGCGCAUAAGUCAAGAGCUAGUUACGCAGAGGUUCGAGCAGCGGUAGCUGAAAGGAAGGAAAGGGAGCGCAAUGGGGAUGCCUUGGAACUUACGCGGUCAAUAUCUCCCUCCAGCACCCCCGAUAAACCAACCACCAAUCCUCUGGCAUUGCUGCCCAACGGUUCAAUACAUUCCGACAAUUCUGCCAAUCCUUUUGUUGUAACGUCCACCUCCCGUCUAUCUACCUCUGGCCUUUCUACGAAAAAGUCUAUGCCGUCAAUAAGCCGCGUCAGUACCGACGUGGACGCGCAAAGAUUGGUGGCCCAAGAAGAAGCGGUGCCUGCUCCUAUUCAUGUCCAGCCACAAGCAAAGACAAUGACUAUACCAGGGAUUCAUGUCAGUCAUCGAGGCGAACUCCAAUCAAUGGGUUAUGUUGCCCCACAGCUCUCACUGACAAGCUCCGAGAACAAAUCAAAAAAUCCGACUAUGCAGUCGAUGUAUCGGUUAUGGAAGAGUCCUGUUUUAUCUGGGCAGGAAGUUGACACGCAAGAACAGCUAUCCCAAUCACUGGAACAAACGGGAGAUAGCACUCAAGAUAAGGACGUCACACCGUUGGCCCUUCCGCCAAUCCUUUCAGUGUCUCCGCAAUCAGUGCGACCUACACCGCCGCCUUUACCCCCAAGAUCAACGCCAACGCGGUCGGCAGCGAACAAAGCUAGUACAUCGCUAGACCAAUCUCCUGCAUCUCCAGCUACUGAAGCACUCAAAAUUAUCGCUAGUAAGGACGACGCCCGUGGGCAGGCUUCUUCUGACCAACCACCGCCCGAGUCGUCAGCGGCGAGCGUAAACAAAGGCCAACCCAACGAAUUGGGCUUGGACACAGCGCACUAUCCACAAGAGAAUUUGGCUGUCCCUGCUACAUCAACGAAGGUUCCCCCUCCUCUACCACCUCGUCGGGUGCAAACCUGA